CAAAGAACGCCGCUGCUUGUUGUUCACCACGUCUCAAAGUCUCAAUCGCAAAGGCCACGCUCACAAAACCCGCGACCCCUGACAAUCAACUGCGCAUCUUCUCUCGAACUCGCACCAUACCGUCCAAAUGGAUUCUAUAGCGUGUAUCUAGAUGACUUUUCGUCGUUCGAGUGCCUAUGAGACUUCCGGUUUUGGUUGAUUCAACCAGCAGCAGGUAGCAGUAACAGCAACAGCAGCAGCAGCGCCUGAUGACCGAUCUGAGCACUUACACAAACAACAACACCACCACUUGAAAACCCCCUGGACACGCCUUACUUCUUUUGUUUCACUUUCUAGUUUAUAUCUCUCGGCGCAUUUCGGACAGGUUUUUUAUUAUUAUUUUGAAAAGAUACCCAUAGACUUUUUUUUUGACGUAUGACAUGGACGAACUGGGCUGGUCAUGGCCCUUCUGGAAGUUUGGCAUGAAGGGGGAGGACCUCUUCACCACUCUCCACGAUCAGUACAAUACCAUUCCAUCCUCGAUACAAGACCCUGAGGCUUUCCACCAUGACGUCUGGGAGAUAUCAAAAACGGCUAGCACCAGCGACGAGUUCCACUGCCUACUCGCCCAUCGCAAGGAGCAACGACUGCGCGAACUCAACGAGACCCUCGAGUCUGCCUCUUUCGAAAUCAUUGGCAACCCCAAGCUCAUUGGUAGUGAACAGUGGCAGUACGCAGUACAACUCUUUCGGACCCGGUCCCUCGACUCGCUAGUCAGGUACUUUGCUUCAUAUCUCCCCGACGAUCACCCAUGGCACCAGGUUCGCGACGACGACGCUCGGACUUCUUCGACCGUGUCUUCCAUGUCUGAUUCCGUCACGGAUUCUCUUCGCUCGGACGACUCUCUCGCAACCGAUAUGAGCAAGCCCUUCUUCGACGAUGCAGAACACGAGUGCUUGACCCACGAACCUCUUACCAUACACACCUCAUUACCUGCGAGCCAUCUACCCCCCUCUCCACGGUCAAUGACUAUGUGUAGUGAUUCCUCUGCUGUAUCCCCUAUCGAUACAGAACACCAGCAUCAUGAGUUUGGCACUUUGACUCCUGCGCGGACUCUCUCCUUCUCGGAGAGCGGGUCUGAUUACAUGAUUCACUCGGCGACGUUGUCACAGUGCGGCGAAGAUGACACCUCCCAAGCAGAUGACGAUCUCUACACUCCCUUCUCCUCCAUAUCCGACAUUGCUGACGAAGUGCAUCACGGCCGAAGUCGCAUCGAAGCCGUCACGCCUGCAGAGCGUGAGGGUUCGGUGGGGGGUACGGAAGAACCGGAUACGCCAACGCCGCGGAACGAGGUACAUUCGGACGCACAUUGUCCACAAGAAGAAUACGUGAACUCGUCCAGUACCCACAUUUCUACAUCCCGUUCGUCGUCGUCUCUGUACAACCAAGUUUUGCAAGAGUACACGCGGUCAUCACGGAAAGGUCGCAGAGACGACAGCCCUUCGAGGUCUAUCAGGAGAACGAGUCCAGAAAUUGGACGCAUACAAAAGCCAUUAUCAGAUUCCGCACGAACAAGGCCCCAUGGUCGAAGGAGGAACGACUGACCUUGGCAACAACUGUACAUAUGUCAUGAUAACGCUGUAUAUACCCCGUAGUGAUUUAAGCGCUUUUAUUCCAACUAAU